UAGCAUUGGUUCCUUGUACUGCAAAUUGUGCGCACGUAUGUAUAGUUGCAGUUGUGCUUUGCCUCGAAUUGGCAAUAAAAUUAUCAAGUUUGUGAAGAUCUACCUUUAGUUACUUAAUAAUUUGGCAUUAAAGCAGCACCACAACAAGUUGAUACCAAUAUCAGACGCACGCUAUUAAUAUAACCCCGGGUCCCACUUAUACGACAGUUUUGCAACAUCUUCACUGUCGAACGGUGCUUUAUAACAAAAAAUAAAUUCAUUUAUUAAUUGAUUAAGUUUUAAAUUAUUUAAAAACAAUGCGUGCUUUUAUAGUGACAUUAUUAAAUGCCAAGGAAGUUAAACUGUUUUGAAUACAAAGUUUGUGGUUUGGUUUUGAUUUGAAUUGUGACGUGUCGAACUUUUAUUUUGAAAAAUGGUUGCCAAAACUAGCACGACUUUCGAGGAGGCUUUGAAUAUGACUGGUUUCGGGAAGUUCAACUUCCUGGCGAUGUUGGUGAACAUCAGCCUGAUCACUGGCAUGGCAUUUGAGAUCAUGUCAGUGGCAUACCUGGUACCUGCCAGUGCGUGCGAGCUCAACACAACCGUCUUUCAGCAGGGACUCAUGGCUGGCAUGCCGCUUUUAGGUAUAAUAGCCACGUCCCAUUUCUGGGGCUACCUAGCGGACACGAAGGGGCGGCGGAAGAUCCUGGCGCUGUGCAUGAUCCUCGCCUUCCUGGCCGGUUGCGCCUCCGCGCUGUCUCCCGACUGGAUAGUGUUCAGCGUGCUCAAAUUUUUAUCUUCAGCCGCGGUGUCAGGAACUUAUGCAUUGGCAGUUACUCUGUUGAGUGAAUGCACGCCGCAAAAUCGAAGAUCUAUAUUAGUGGCAUCAACGUCCACCAUAUAUCUAGCAGCUUCUGGAGUGAUGGCUGUACUAAGCAUCCCUGUUUUGCAACUGAGUUUCUCAUACGACAUCCCACUCUUGGGCAUCGCAUUCACUCCAUGGCGUCUUCUGAAUAUAAUCUUCGCUAUGCCCUGCGCCAUUGGGGCGAUCGGGGUAUACAUAUCAUACGAAAGCCCGAGGUACUUGCUUAGCAUUGGAGAAGACUAUAAGGCCAUGGAAGUGCUGAAAGGAUUCUUUGUGAUCAAUUCAGGGAAGAGCGCUGAUGAGUAUAAAGUGGGCACACUAGUUUUAGGAGAAGAUACAGGGAAGGCAGCAAAGGGUUUCUGGGCGUCAAUUGUCUCUCAAACUGUGCCACUUAUGAAACCACCUCUACUAAAGAAUACAGUGCUUCUAUCUAUAUUGUUCAUUAUAGUUUAUGUUGGGUUAAAUCCCUUCAUAGUGUGGUUACCCUUCAUUACGGACGGUGUAAUGAAGUCCUUAGAAAAUGGUAAAGAAGACCUCAAAUUCUGCGAAAUGUUGAACUCUGUUAAAAAUACUACUGUAACUGAGUUUCAGAUCAAUGAUUGCAGCCUCAACAAGUUCGCGAUGAUCACAGUGUUCGUGAUCAGCAUCAUGAUUGCUGCUCUCAACGUGGUUCUUAGUUGUGUGAUCAAUUGCGUUGGGAGGAAAAACAUGUUUAUUUGCAUACAAGUGGUGUCCGGCGUAGCAGGUAUUUCCGUGGGCGUGUCGGACUCGUGGGUCGCGAGUGCGGUGUGUCUGGUGGUCUUCGUGGCCGGCAUGCUCAACUUCGGCAUGCUGUCGGCCAUCAGUGUCGACAUCUUCCCUACUUAUGUCAAAGCAAUGGCGGUAUGCGUGACCCUGAUGGUGGGGCGAGGCAGCUCCUUCCUGGGCAUCAACGUCGUCAAGAACAUGCUGGUCAACGACUGCGAAAUGGCCUUCUACUCCUUCGGCGGACUUACAUUUGUUGGUGGCUUAAUCGCAUUUCUCCUACCGAAUGAAAACACGCUACAAAAGAAAAUUCCCGUGGACUCUUAGAAUAUUGACAAAAUGCGACGGACCUCUGCUGCAGUUGGCAUCAAGCUUUCAAUAAAUAAGUACAUAGACUGCUAAAAUCAUAACCCUUUCUUUUGGCUUUGCCGUAGUCGGGUAAAAAGACUGCCCAUUGCAACUUUUCAAUAAAUGAUUUAUGUGAUCACAAUUUAAAUGCCAUAAAGAAUCGGGGCCCUGUUAACAAAGUAGUAGAAUCACUAUCCAUAUUAUAAAUGUGAAAAUGUGUUUGUUUGUUAGUUCUUCAAUAACGUCGCAACAGAGCAAUGGAUGUUGCGGAUUUUUGAGCGUUGAACGGAUGAAUUGACGUGAUUUUCUGCAGGAGUACUAGUUAAAGACCUAAAGAGUGACAUAUCUUUAUCUACGUACUUUUUAUCCCGGAAAAACAAAGAGUUCUCACGGGACUUUUAAAAACGUAAAUCCUUGCGGAUAAAUUCGCGGGAUAAAAUUUAAAAAAUUGGUGGAGACUGUCGACAGAAGUAAAAACUUAAAACUAUACUAAAACAGUAGUUUUUUCUUGGAUUUUCAAUUUAAUAUAGUGGGUACCAAAAAUUAAAAUUUCACAAUUAAUUGUUUAUUACAGCCAUAAAAUUAGUUUAGUUUUUACAUCUAUCGGCACUCCGAGCACUAUUAAAAAUUAGCAUGUUGGUGAUGCAUCCUUAUCCCAAAAUCGUUCAUCGCGCCUAGAAGUUUCACUUCGAAAAUGAUAUAUUUCGGUCUGAGUCGGGCCGACUAGCCAACCAGUUUCAGGCACAACGCAUAACUGAAAAGGUUUCUGCGGGUAGUGGAGCGGUAUGGGAGGGGUGUGUGACGUCACGCGAGAGCUUAGUGAUUCGUCAACUUGUGGCAACUGUCACCCUCCCGCACCCCUCCACUACCGUAGGAGCCUACUCAGUUAUACGCUAUAGCCACAGUAGACAUACCUAUCAGUAAAAUGUAUUAUAUCAAUUUAUUAAAAUAAUUGAAAUAUAAUUUUCCAUGUAUUAAAGUGAUUUAGAUAAAUAAUACUUAUGUAUUCAACUAUAUGGUAUUGGAAUCUUACGACCUGUGAUCCCCUCUAUAAUUUAUUUGUUUGUGUAUUUGUACCUAUAUAUGAUACUAUUGUACAUAUUUAAUAGAAGAGAUAAGAUUAAUAAAAUAAUAAACCGAGAAGUAAUGAAUAAAUAAAUUAUUUGUAUA